GGUUCCUCCAUGCUUCCAACGGCGGCCAGGGCCCUUAGAUGCAGCGCGGGGCGUUUUCUCCAUUCCGGCAGCGUCGCUCCGACCUCCACCUCAUCCGCUCUUGAACUCAUCCGUUCGCAACCGUCCCGGUACAUCGUAGCGACUCUCGGAGGAAGGAAACACGUUCUCACACCCCGCGACCUCCUCACCGUCCCUCGCAUACGCGACGUCAAAGUCGGAGACGUCGUCGCGCUGUCUGCCAUCCACGAGUUGGGCUCGCGAGAGUACACCUUGCGCGGCAACCCGACCAUCUCGACGGCAUCCGGCCUGCGCGUGAACGCGACGGUGGUCGAGCAUACCAAAGGCGCUAUGGAGUUCAUAUUCAAAAAGAAGAGGAGAAAGGGAUACCAAAAGCUCAUCCAACACAAGCAGCCGUACACGCGGUUGAGGAUUGGGGAAUUCGAGAUCACUCCCGGGACAGGGACGGUGGUCAAUGAUGUACCUAGUCAGGCAUGAUCCAAUUAUUAUUCGUUUUCGUGCGUUCUGUGUAUUUGAUCCUCGCUAAGUUUCGCAGUGCGAGUCAGCGCAUGCCUGAGCAUGGUAUGUUCCGCUAAUAGCGCCGAUGACCGACAUGACUCUCAUGUUUCGGGAGCGAGAAUCGAUUGACUCGAAUCAUUCGGUAUUUCUAUAAGUCUUUUCCCGCUCAUCUUUUUGCCCUCGCACGAUGGAUCAGUCAGUAGCAGAGAGGAUCGCCUCCCUGUCGGGGUAUGGGCCGACCUCCAGUGUACCUCAAGCCCAAUACCGACUCGAUGUGGUGUCCAAAUGGCCAAUUCACGCCGGAGCGCGUGUCCUGGAACUGGGUUGCGGCCAAGGGGACACGACGCUUGCGCUUGCUGAAUCGGUUGGUGCCUCGGGACAUGUAUACGCUCUAGAUCCUGGGCCAACAGACUAUGGCUCACCGACGACGUUGGGCGAAGCUCACGACGUCAUCACAGCAGGCCCUCUCGGAUCUCGCAUCACCUGGAUUCAAGACGAGCCGUUGGCAUAUCUCAGCUCCCACCCGGACAGCCAAUACGAUGUCGUCGUGCUGGCCCACAGCCUGUGGUACUUUGCCUCGCCGAGUCUGAUCGCAGAGACCUUGCGCGUGCUCAAAAAGCACGCCCGGCACAUCUGCAUCGCAGAAUGGAGCUUGUCGUACGGAAAAGGCAGCAGUGGGGAAACUCACGUGCUCGCCGUGCUCGCCCAAGCAGCUCUCGAGUGCCGGAAACCCACCUCGACCUCCAAUGUUCGCACAGUUGUGUCCCCGGCCCGGAUCAAGGCGCUCGCUGCACAAGCUGGUCUCACGCUCGCCUCCGAACAUCUGGUGGCACCGGGACAAGGUGUCCAUGACGGUCGUUGGGAAACGCAACAUGUGCUCAGCUCAGGGUUCCUCAAAGAAGUCGAACAGUUUGUCCUUGACGAGCGGGAGAAGGACAUGGUCAUCGCUUUCAAGGACUCGGUUGCCGCAAGCGUCGACAGGAUCGGUGGAACUAAGCAAGUCCAGUCUAUGGAUGGAUGGACCGCAACUUUCGAAUCGAGUAACGUAGAGGUGUUAUAAAACAUAGAAAUGUACACUAUCGGCUGGCAACCUAAAGCCAGUCUCCGAUAGCAGUCUCAAUAUCUCUCACAAGAGCCCGCACAAUGGGAUGGGCCUCGGCUGGUCCAGUCAGCCUCUGCGACUCGUUCCGCCGAGCCGCAACUCGCAAAGGCCGAGUACUUCGCUCAGUCACGAAGGAGUCCUGCGAAUAGACAGACGGGAUAGAGUCGCUAGAAUAAGCUGCAAGUAUCGCGCUCAACGAGUAUGUCGAGGUGACUCGCGGGGCUUCCGGGUUCAGAUUGAUCUGGUCAGCAGUAUAGACUCCAUAUCUUUUCGUUGCCGAGUGCGCGAUUGACAGUGUAUUCGUGCGUUUUCGGCACCGGACUUUGGGUGUCUCGUCGUUGGUCUUGGGUGUUUCCGACGACAAUAAGAUGGCUCCAAGACUGGGCGACUUGAAGUGCCGCGAUUGCACAGAAGGCAAGGCUUUGGUCGGAGUCCGUGACGAACGAGUCGGCGUAUCAAGUGUACUGGAUGUGCAUAGCACAGCCGGAGAAACAAAACGAGACUGGCGUUGGCCCCCGCUGUACGGGAUUUCAGCGGUGUUGAGGUGUUGUCUUUCAGAACUCG